UACUCGUAGCAUACGAGAAAAGGGAGAAGAGAGAUCUCUGAAGAUGGACAGUUUGAGGAAGAUCUGAUGACUCGGCAUUGGUUGGCGCGAGUAGGAUAAGCUUGAAAAGCCUCUCGCUUACUGCUUUAUUCAGUAGCUUAUUUUUGUGGUUGCAUGUCCCUCGAGUUCAUGGAUGGUGAGUGGUCGGUGGGUGACAGGGGGGUUUAUUGUGUUGAAGAUUUAUCGCAAGAUUUAUCGCAGUCUACAGUACGAUAAGAAGUGGUGGUGAUGACUCCUUCCUCAUUUCUUGACUUUUUACCCCGCGCGACAUGGACAACUGCGCAACAACAUUGAACAACUAAGAAAAAACACCACCACUACCACCACCACCAUUUCUAGUUGUCAGCAACCCUUUCAGUCCAAUGGUUACCCUUUACUUUCAAAAUCAAAGUGUCGACUCCUUCUCGAACUCGCCCUCUUCGCGAACUUUGUCUUUGUGUUUGUCUCUGACCAACCCGCAACUGUUCGUCGAGGUCCUCACAUGCAGUCUACACCUACAGCCCGAACCUGAGCGAGCGCUCUCGCACAUUGCUUAGUUACCCCAUUUCGGGCUGAAGGUAAUCAGCCAGUGCGAAUCAAGAAACAAAAGUACUGUGCGAAAGAGAGUGAAUACAAUUGUCAGUUUAAGCUCACAAGUGCCACGUGAACAUCAAAUCGACAACUUUGGACGAAGCUGGCUGGCUGUAUACAGCGCUGGAACUGCAUUCAUGGAUGACAUUGAGAUGGUCCCAGCGAGCGAACAGGUAGGCUUUGAAGCAUGUGCUCAGCUCAGGUAUGGUUAUCUUGCUGUAUGUUUAUGUUGAGCGUCAAUUGAUCCUUUGCUCGUGGGCUUUUUCUGGCAACUAUGAGCGACAUUCCACUGAUUUCGUGCUUGCCGAGAACGUGUACGUUGGUCGACUUCACUUGUUGCACUGUGCGCUGUUGAGACAUUCGUACAUGGUCUAGGCCACACUAACCUGGAUUCGCGAGGUAUGGUGGACAUUUCCAGCUCCAGCGAUGCUACCAGAUUGCAACCAGGAACCCGAGGCAGCUGAUCAGAUGCGUUGCAUAUCGAUAUUCAUAGAGUGGAGUAUAUGGACAAUGACAAGCGAGGUCGGAGCUUCUUCCAUACCUUUGGAGGCUAUGUCGGUCCACCACGUGCUGGGUGAUUCUGUACGUGGAGAUCGCUGUAUCUCUCGGACUGGAAUCUAUUUCACGCUAUCCUCUUGAUGAUGCUUUGAUGAUGAGAUACUCGAGAAAACCACUUUCCACUCAUGCCGUCGAAUAUUCCGCUCGAUGGACUCUGCCAUCCAAUGAUGACCUGACUGAAAAGCACGCCUGAGCCGAUAGCAUUUGCCUUGAGUUCCUAUGUCUCGGCAUACUUCAUCUGUGUCAAAUGGCGACGAUGUCGGGAAUGCACUCUCGCUGCCAACGUGGGUGGCUUGAUUGGAGGAUAGAGCUUGUUGUGCCUACCCAGGUCUUGGCAACUCUCCGGCGUCCUUGGCAUCAUUCCGCUAUGAGCUCCUCCUGCUCAAACAAGGCUGGCUUCAACGUCAAACACCUGUUCUCUAUGGGCCGCUGCGAGACUGGGCAAAGCUUGAUAAAGCCACGAGGGUAUUGUGAAGGUGCCUUUUCGAUCCGAAUCACCAGGAUGUAACCAUCGGAACUCGUCAGCAGUUGAAUGGUUUGACUGGCGGAAGAUGUCUUUGGAGACAAGGCGUGGAAGCUACAAGAAUGCCAGAGCUUCCUCUCUACUUCUUCAUUCGCUUGCAGUCUCUUCUUGAGCUCGAAGAUUGCAUUUGAAACCGAACGUCGGUACAGUGGCACCAUGAAAACUCACUUUGGACUAAAGGCGGCUCUACUGCUUGGUGCCUUGUGCACCCAGUGUAGCGCUCAGACAUACCAGAGACUUGGCUCCUGUCCCAGCUUGGGAUGUAUUCUUCCUCCAGACCAAGUGGAUUUCCUUCCAGGCCAAUACUUCGACAUUCGUGUCGAGGUUCAUGCUCCCGUCAAUGGCAGUGAGGUGGUUCCAGGUUACAGCACCCCUGACACCAACUUCACUUUGACUGUUGCAAAGGACGGGGACAAGCCAAAGCCGGCAGCAAGUUUUUUCAACGUUGACGAACCCAAGCUCGAAACUUGGAACUUUACGUGGUACGAGGACCUCUUCGCAAAGGCUGCCCACACUCCUUCUAUGGUCAAGGUUGCGGCCAAGGCGUACAGGCGGGUUGCGUUGUAUGAACCGGGUAACUACAUUGCUACUCUCAACUACCGCAACGGGUCGCAAACCUAUGCCAACUGGACGGUCCGAGAUGUCGCUCCUCAAAGGAAGGCCAAGAAUAUCGUCAUGUUCAUUGGCGACGGCAUGACAACCAACAUGAUCACAGCUGCUCGAUUGAUUGCACAUCAACAGAUCAACGGCAAAUAUCAGACCAAGAUGGCCAUGGACACGUUUCCAGUCUUGGGUCACCAGAUGACCCAUUCAUUGGACUCGUUCAUUACUGAUAGUGCCAACUCUGCAACAGCACUCUACACCGGCCACAAGUCCACUGUAAACGCCUUGGGUGUCUAUGCGGACAGUUCCAAGACGCCAUUUGAUGAUCCUAAGGUCGAGACUAUCGCCGAGAUGUUCCACCGACUCUGGAAAGGCGGUGUGGGUAUCGUCUCGACAGCCUUCAUUGCAGAUGCUACACCUGCGGCACUGACUGCCCAUACUCGUGACCGUGGUCAAUAUGGCGCCGUGAUUGAUUCUUACCUCAAUGGAAUUACCAACUACACUUGGACGAACUGGACGGGCCCUGACGUGCUCUUCGGGGGUGGCGCUGAACAGUUCUACCCAGGGAAAGGAUCUUUCCAGGGUAAAGACUACUAUGCUGAGUUUGCGAAGAAAAACUACUCGGUUGUCCUGAACAACACUGCCUUGCAGGCCUCUUCCAACUCCUCCAAGACAUUGGGUAUUUUCUCGGUCAGCAACAUGGCCAAAUGGCUCGAUCGAAAUGUCUACCCAGAGAACGUGGACAAGCCCAAAACCGCGCCAGAUGGGUCCAACUCUUCCGCCACUGACCAGCCGGGACUCAAAGAGAUGACACUCAAGGCUCUCGAGAUUUUGCACACUCGUCACCAAGAAGACGGCUUCUUCCUGAUGUCCGAAGCGGCUAGCAUCGACAAACAAAUGCAUACAUUGGAUUACGAUCGGGCUCUUGGUGAGCUCCUCGAACUCGAUGAUACCAUCAAGGCCACGUUCGCUUAUCUCGAGUCCAUUGGCGAGCUGAACAACACUCUUGUCCUCGUCACUGCUGAUCACGGACACGGGUUUGACGUCAUGGGUAGUGUCGACACCAAAUUCCUCAACGCUCAACACAAUGAUCGUGACAAGCGAGGAGCCAUCGGUACUUACCAAGAGUCUGGCCUCUCUCAAUAUCUGGUGGCCAAUCGAUCAGCCCCUAUCGGCAGUGACCAGAACCUCGUCUACGGUCCCGGUGUCAAUUUCCCUGCCAAUUGGGACCCCAGAUACACUUUGUUCUCCGGGCUCGGUGCCAACCCUGACCAUAGGGAGAACUAUCAAGUUCACAAGAAGGGACCUCGUCUUCCGGCACUGAACAUCACUGGCUUUGAUAACGAAGAUUUUUUCGUCAACUAUGUCGAUGCUGUCACUGGAUUCAUUGUCAAUGGAACUCUUCCUGUCUCGGCCGACCAAGGCGUGCACUCCCUUACUGAUGUUCCAGUAUUCACUCGUGGACCUUGUCAGGAAAGAUUCGGGGGUGUGUAUGGCAACGUUGAUAUAUUUUUCGGCAUGGCUGAAUGCCUCGGCUUGAGUCGAACCAGUCCUUCGUCCUAGAUGACGAUCUCAGACAGUGUUGAUGCUGUGACAAGAAAGUGAUGAUAGAAUACAAUCACGGCAUAAGAUGUGCCAAGGAGAAAGAGUAUUGAGUAUUGAGAUAAUGUAGGGUAGAGAAUAUAUCAGUAUGUAGUGACCCUUCCCUGACUUCCGGACCU